CGCAGGCUACAGAGACACCCUGCAGCCACAGCAAGAAAAAGGAACAGGAUCGAAACACGCACCGUGUCCAGUGAGGACUUUGCGAGAAUUCCGUGACGAGACAACAAUGGCCGCUCAAAGGAAUCGCCCCGCCCGCAGCGAGCUGGUCCUGCUCUGCCUUUUCUUCGGGAUGCCCUGGGAGGCCCGAGCCCGGCACAUCUCCUACUCCGUUCCUGAGGAAAUAGAGAAAGGCUCUUUCGUGGGCAACAUCUCCAAGGACCUGGGGCUGGAGCCCCGGGAGCUGGCGGAGCGCGGAGUCCGCAUCGUCUCCAGAGGUAGGACGCAGCUCUUUGCUCUGAAUCGGCGAAGCGGCAGCUUGGUCACCGCGGGCAGGAUAGACCGGGAGGAGCUCUGCGCUCAGAGCGCGAGGUGUCUGGUGAGUUUUAACAUCCUUGUGGAAGAUAGGGUAAAACUUUUUGGGAUAGAAAUAGAAGUAACUGAUAUCAAUGAUAAUGCCCCAAAAUUCCAAGCAGAAAAUCUAGACAUAAAAAUUAAUGAAAACGUCGCUCCAGGGAUGCGGUUCCCUCUCCCGGAAGCUAUUGAUCCGGAUGUGGGCGUGAACUCUCUACAGAACUACCAGCUCAGCCCCAAUAAGCACUUCUCCCUGGGAGUUCAGAGCCGUGCCAGCGGCGUCAAGUACCCGGAGCUGGUGCUGGAGCGCGCCCUAGAUCGCGAGGAAGAAGCGGUUCACCACCUGGUCCUCACCGCCUUCGAUGGCGGUAACCCUCUCCGAUCUGGCACUGUCCUCGUCAGUGUGACUGUUUUCGAUACAAAUGACAACGCGCCUGUCUUCACCUUGCCAGAAUACCGAGUGAGCGUUCCGGAGAAUGCGCCUGUGGGCACUCAGCUACUGACGGUCACCGCCACUGACAGGGAUGAAGGAGCCAAUGGAGAAGUGACAUAUUCAUUCCGAAAAUUACCUGACACACAAUUGUUGAAAUUCCAACUAAACAAAUAUACUGGGGAAAUAAAAAUAUCAGAAAAUCUAGAUUAUGAAGAGACAGGUUUCUAUGAAAUAGAAAUACAAGCUGAAGAUGGAGGAGCAUAUCUUGCAACUGCAAAAGUAUUGAUCACAGUAGAAGAUGUAAACGACAACAGUCCAGAGGUGACCAUCACGUCUCUGUUUAGUCCAGUGACUGAAGAUUCACCUCUGGGAACUGUCAUUGCCCUUUUAAAUGUGCACGAUUUAGAUUCUGAGCAGAAUGGACAGGUAAUCUGUUCCAUCUCGGAGAAUCUACCAUUUAAGUUAGAAAAGUCCAUCGAUAGUUAUUAUAGAUUGGUGACACACAGAGCCCUCGACAGGGAACAGGUAUCCUCUUAUAAUAUCACAGUGACAGCUACAGAUGGGGGAAGUCCACCUCGGUCAACAGAAACUCACUUUACCCUGCAAGUGGCAGAUAUCAAUGACAACCCACCCACGUUCUCUCGCAUCUCUUACGUUACCUAUAUCCCAGAGAACAACCCCAGGGGUGCCUCCAUCUUCUCAGUGACAGCCCUGGACCCGGACAGCAAAGAGAAUGCCCAAGUUAUUUACUCCCUGGCUGAAGACACCAUCCAGGGGGCACCUCUAUCCUCAUACAUAUCGAUCAAUUCAGACACUGGUGUCUUGUACGCACUCAGAUCUUUUGACUAUGAGCAGUUUCGUGAUAUACAGAUGCAGGUGACUGCCAGUGACAGUGGGGACCCACCGCUCAGUAGUAACGUGUCACUGAGCCUGUUCGUGCUAGACGAGAAUGACAAUGCGCCCGAAAUCCUGUAUCCUGCUCUCCCCACCGAUGGCUCCACCGGCGUGGAGCUGGCACCCCGCUCUGCAGAACCCAACUACCUGGUGACCAAGGUAGUGGCGGUGGACAGAGACUCAGGCCAAAACGCCUGGCUUUCCUACCGCCUGCUCAAGGCCAGUGAGCCAGGGCUCUUCUCGGUGGGACUGCACACAGGCGAGGUGCGCACGGCGCGGGCCUUGUUGGACAGAGAUGCACUCAAGCAGAGCCUCGUGGUGGCCGUCCAAGACCACGGCCAGCCUCCUCUCUCGGCCACCGUCACACUCACCAUAGCUGUGGCUGACAGCAUCCCAGAUGUCCUAGCCGACCUGGGCACUCUGGAGUCUCCCGCCAAUCCAGACAACUCAGGCCUCACGCUGUACCUGGUUGUGGCUGUCGCAGUGGUCUCCUGUGUCUUUCUCGCCUUUGUCAUUGUGCUGCUAGCGCUCAGGCUGAGGCGCUGGCACGCAUCGCGCCUGCUCCAGCCUCCCAGAGACGUAUUGGCUGGAGUUCCGGCCUCACACUUUGUGGGCGUGGACGGGGUUCGGGCCUUCCUGCAGACCUAUUCCCAGGAGGUCUCCCUCACCGCGGACUCGCAGAAGAGUCAUCUGAUCUUUCCACAGCCCAACUAUGCGGACACGCUCAUCAGCCAGGAAAGCUUCGAGAAAAAGGAUCCUUUGUCUUUGUUAGAUGAUUCGAAGGUUCCUAUAGAAGAUACCCCUUUGGUUCCAGUGAGUUUUAUUUUUACUCUUUUCUCUAGUUUAAAAAAUUAUGAUUGCUUUUACUUUUAA